AUGUUGUAUGAGCCACCCCUGUAUUAUGUAACUAUUGAGGAGACUUUUGACGUCAUCAAACGUGCUCAUAUUGCAACAGGACAUGGUGGGCGUGACCGCAUGAUUAAGGAGUUACAACGAAAAUAUGCCAACAUCACAACAAAGGCCUUGGAGCUCUUCAAAUCACUGUGUGAGGAAUGUCAGAAGAAAAGGAAAAGACCAAUGACCAAGGGUGUAAUGCUGCGUCCUAUACUCAGUAAGGAAUUCGCAUCAAGGGGCCAGGUUGAUUUGAUUGACAUGCAAUCAAUGCCACGCUCUAACUUUAAAUGGAUCGUGAUGUACCAAGACCAUCUCACCAAAUUCUGCAUUCAUCGUCCUCUUCACACCAAACGUGCUACAGAGGUUGCCUUCCAGCUUGUAGAUAUCUUCCUUCUCAUGGGUGCCCCUGCUGUUAUGUGGAACGUGUAA